ACUUCAUCUCUGGUCACGAGAAGUCACAUCACGCCAAAAGACUUAAGCCUUGACACUGGACAGUGACACGUCCGCAACCCUUGACUGCGAGUGGAACGAUGCUCACGCUCGGAACAAUCCUUUACGUUUCGCUCCUGCUAAUUAAUGCAAUGGCAGUCCUCAGUGAGGACCGGUUCCUUGCGAAAAUCGGCUGGUCCUCUGUUCAGAACCCCAACGCUGGCUUUCAACCACCAUACGAUCAAGCAGGGUACGGAUAUACCCAGCAGCAAGAUGCUGGUGUCAAAGUCCGAUUAAUCAACCUCAUUAGUGCGGUGCGGACCCUCAUGCGUAUACCACUCAUAGGACUGAAUCUUGUCAUAAUUGUGUACGAGCUAAUUCUUGGUGGCUGAGUGAAAUGGUAUUUAUCCAGCGCUGUUGAGUCUGUCAUACUCUUCGUUGAUUUGUCUGAUGAAAUCUGUCGGUGAAUGACCGCCCUGAGAACACGUUGUGAGGUCUUGCACAUUGUGCGGCAAUGUUGUUCCCUUCAUACCUCGCAUUCAUACCAAGUACCA